AUGGAAGCGGAAGGCAGCUGCAUGCUGGACCUCACCCUGGUGGUACAAGAUUUCGACGAUGUGGUAGAGGCAGACUACUACACCUUCAACGCAGCCCGGAACCAAGCCCUCCGGCUGGCCUUGACUGAGGCUGUGCUGCUGUUGGACGUUGACUUCAUCUUGUCAGCCUCUUUCCUUGAGGAGCUGCGCUCCCCUAACGCCUAUGAUAGCCUCAUCUCUCACCUGCAUCAGCACCGCCUCCUCAUCAUCCCAGCCUUUGAGACCAACACUGACGAGGAGGACGGGGAGAUGCUGGCUAAAUCUCUGGUGGCAGAGGGCAAGGAUGCUGCGGUGGACGCGUUUCUGUCAAACGAGACAGAUGUCUUCCAGAGGAGGUGGUUUCCUGCAGGCCAUGCCUCUGAUAAGACCCUGGAGUGGAUCGAUAGCAGCCAAAUCUUCAGCACGGAAUACACAGAGAACUACGAGCCAUAUGUGGUGAUUCUGCGAAAGGAUGUCGUAUGGUAUGACGAGCGCUUCAGAGGAUACAAAGCAUCCUUCAACAGGCCAGUGUCGAGGUGA